AUGAACAUUGUGAGAAAACUCAAUUUAAUGAUACCUUGGAGUAUAUUCUUGCUUCAAAUACUGCUGUUUUCAUUACAAGGAUACAUUUGUACAUCAUCAGUCUUGAAGACAAGAUCAGAAAACAGGUUUAAUGAAAAUCAACAGAAAAGAGCUCUUUUAGCGGCCCAGUUUGAAUCCACUUCUCCAAGAUAUUUCUUCCAUGAAGCUAUUAAUUGGGGUGAGAGCAAAAUAAAAGGUUCUUGUCCUCAUGAAUGCCUUAAUGGGGCUUUCUGUUCUAAGACUGGUACGUGUGACUGUCAGAUAUUUCAGGCACUUGGGACAAGGUGCCAGAUUGUGCCAAACAUGGGCAAUGGUAGAGAUGGGAUUUGCAAAACCUGGGGACAGUACCACUUUGAAACGUUUGACGGCAUCUACUACUAUUUCCCAGGAAACUGUUCUUACAUUUUUGCAAAGGACUGUAGUAAUUUGGAGCCUCAGUAUACUGUAUGGGUUCAUAACAGCCCGAGGUGCCUUGGUUCAGUGUAUUCUUGUUAUCGGUCAAUCAGCUUGUUCUUCUCAGACCAGGAGGAAAUCCAAAUUUAUGGGCAUGAAAUAAAAAAAGAUGGAAUCAGUUUAACAUUGCCUCAGACAAUCGGACAAGUCUUCAUCGAGAAACUAGCCGACUAUAUUCUGGUGAAAACAACUUUUGGUUUUUCAUUGGCUUGGGAUGGAAUAUCUGGGAUUUACCUCAAACUGUCUGAGGAGCAUAAAGGGAAAUCAUGUGGCCUAUGCGGAAACUACAAUGGCAUUCAAUCCGAUGAUUUUAUCAUUCAACAAGAGGACUAUACAGAAGACAUUGCCAUGUUUGCAAAUAGUUGGUCCGUGCACAUUCCAGAGGACACCAAAUGUGUACCCACACCCUCAGAUUUUCCCAAUCCAUGCUCCAGUGGAAUGCCAGCAUUUGAGGCGAUCUUCUUCAAGUGCCAGAUACUGUUGCAGUUUCCUUUUUUGAGCUGCCACGAAUAUAUUGAUCCAUAUUUAUAUAUUGCCAGCUGUGUUAAUGAUCUCUGCAAAACUCAUGAUGAUGAUACCUACUGCCGGGCAGCCACCGAGUAUGCUCGAGCCUGUUCCCACGCCGGCUACCCUAUUCAAGACUGGAGAGAUGACUUCCCAGCGUGCACUGAUAAAUGCGAUGACAGUUUUGUCCAUCGGGAUUGCAUCAGCUGUUGCCCAAGAACCUGUACAUUUGAAAAACAAUGUCUUGGGAGCAAUCUCCGUUGUCUUGAUGGAUGUUACUGCCCUGAUGGCCUCAUAAUGGACAAUGGAACUUGCAUCUCCUUGGAAAAUUGCCCAUGUAGUUUUCAUGGAUUAGCUUACUCAGUUGGUUCAAAAAUUGAACAAGAAUGUACUGAAUGCGUAUGUGUUGGUGGAGUUUGGAACUGCACUGAGCAUGACUGUCCAGUUCAAUGCUCUGUUGUGGGCGAUUCUCAUUUUACAACUUUCGACGGCCGGCACUAUUCUUUCAUUGGAAUGUGUCAAUACAUCCUUGUGAAAGCAACUGGAAAAGAUAAAUUUACAAUUACUUUACAGAAAGCACAUUGCGAGCAGAAUCUUGGCUUGGUCUGCCUUCAGUCUAUAACUCUAAUUCUGGAGGAUGAUUUUAACAAGCAAGUGACCCUUAGCAGGGGAGGACAGAUCCUCACCAGCCCUAACCAAGGCUUCAGUCUGAAUGGAAUUGUUGAAAUUCAAACUCUGUCAUCCUUGUUUAUUCUUCUAAAAACCACAUUUGGCUUAAAGAUUCUGUUUGCUAUAGAUGGAGAAAGAAUUUAUAUUCAGCUUACGAGUGCAUGGAAAAGAAGAACAUUAGGUCUGUGUGGGACUUUUAAUGGGAACAUAAGAGAUGAUUUUCUUUCCCCAUCUGGCAUGAUAGAAGGUACCCCACAACUUCAUGCAAAUGCAUGGAGAGUUUCCUCCACCUGUUUUGCCCCUGUUCAUGUCCCUGUGGUGGACCCCUGCAAUAUUAAUCAAGAGAACAUUGCAUACGCAGCACACUGUGACGUUCUCCACCAGGAGCUCUUUGCUCCCUGCCACGUCUACAUCAGCCCUGGCCUCUACUAUCAACUGUGCCGGCACGAUGCAUGCCGGUGCGGGAGCCCAUGCCUGUGCAAUGCCCUUGCUCACUACGCCCAUCUCUGUGGCCAGCGUGGCGUUCCUGUUGAUUUCAGAGCCCAGAUUUCCCUCUGUGGGCUGGUGUGCGGGAGAGGCAUGCUGUACCACCUCUGCGCCUCCAACUGCCUGCGCUCCUGCGCGCCCCUCUCGUCGCCGGGCCGCUGCGGCGAUGACUGUGCGGAGGGCUGCCACUGUCCUGACGGCAAGUACUAUGAAGACACGCUCAGCUUCUGCGUGCCCCUAUACCACUGCCGGUGUCAUUAUAAGGGUAGCAUUUAUCAGCCGGGGGAGCUCAUCCCAACACCCUCAGGCUUAUGCCAGUGUGCAAAUGGGACUGUGCAAUGUGAUGAACCAGCAACGCCCUCUACUGUUCAUGCCUGUCCCGAGGGAAAACAGUAUUUCGACUGCAGGUUUCCUGACCCUGAAUUACCAGCUGGUGGUGUAAAUUGUGAGACUACAUGUGCAAACCUGGCCAUGAACUUCACUUGCGCCCCAUCCUCACCCUGUAUAAGUGGCUGCGUUUGCUCUCCAGGCAUGGCAGAGCACAAAGGAAACUGUUAUGUCCCUGAAAGCUGUCCAUGUAUGUGGAAAGAUUGGGAAUACCUCUCAGGAGAAGUGAUUGCUACACCGUGUUAUACCUGUGUUUGUCGACGGGGAAUGUUCAAUUGCACAUAUUAUCCAUGCCCAGCAGUGUGCACAAUAUAUGGGGACCGACAUUAUUAUUCUUUUGACGGACUGGAGUAUGACUACAUCAGUGAUUGCCAGGUAUUUUUGAUAAAGGGUGCACAUGAUUCAGAUAUAUCUGUCAUUGCCCAGAACAAGAAAUGCUUUGACAAUGAUAUUGUUUGUUCUAAAAGUGUUUUGAUUUCAGUUGGGGACACUGAAAUUUACCUGAAUGAUACUCCUUACAAACAGAAAGAAUCAGGUUUUCUUCUGGAAGACAAUCCUACAUACCAGCUUUGGAAAGCAGGGUACUACAUUGUAGUGUACUUUCCAGAGAUAGAUAUCACUAUUCUUUGGGAUAAAAAGACAACCAUUCAUAUCAAAGUUGGACCACAGUGGAAGAACAAAUUAUCAGGAUUAUGUGGAAACUUUGACAAGUGUACUUCAAAUGAUAUGACCACAUCCAAUAACCUAGAAGUGAGAAAUGCCCAGGUAUUUGGAGAUAGCUGGGCAUUAGGACAGUGUGAAAACCCAACUGAAUCAUUUAAACCCUGUGAGGCACAUCAAAGCAAAUUUCCUUAUGCCAAGAAAGAAUGCUCCAUCUUGUACAGUGAUGUUUUUGCUCCUUGUCGUAAUGUGAUUGAUGUUACUUCUUUUGCCAAGAACUGCCAUGAAGACACAUGUCACUGUAAUCUUGGUGGGGACUGUGAGUGUUUUUGCACCAGCGUAGCAGCAUAUGCCUACAAGUGCUGUCAGGAGGGGGUGUCAGUUCACUGGAGGCCAUCCACUGUUUGUUCACUUGAUUGUGAAUAUUAUAAUGAAGGGCUUGGAGAAGGACCAUAUAUGCUGGCAAAUUAUGGGCAGAGUGGCCUUGUUCUGGGGGCCAAUAUGACCAGUAGAAGUGUUUUCUCUUUGCCAAGGACUAGUAUUCAUGGCAAUUUAUUUUUUAAUUUUAUGAUGACUCCAGGUCUUUUCAAAGAGAAGGCAUCAUCAUUGGUACUUGUUUCCUUGGAAUCUGCUGAAAGGCCAAACUAUUUUCUCUGUGUCCACGAUGAUGACUCUCUUAGUUUGCAACUAUGGAAGGCGAAUCCAGCCUUUCAACGGAGAGCCACAUUUUUCCACCAUCAAGGUCUCUGGAUUCCUGGGUACAGUGCAUUUGAAUUAUACAGCAAGAAAGGCUUUUUCAUCAUAUUCACAGACUACAGUGUCAAAGCAUCAAAAUAUGAUGAUUCUGAAGAAUUUAAGCAUUCAAGUAGUUUCAGCAUAGAAGAAAUCCAAGCAGCUGUGCCUUACAGGAGGAUGUGUGAAUGGAGAUACGAGCCCUGUGCCAUUCCCUGUUUUAAAACAUGCAGUGACCCUGAUGCACAGGCGUGUACAUUUCUUCCACCGGUUGAAGGAUGCUUGCCCUACUGCCCUAAAAAUAUGAUUCUUGAUGAGGUCACCCUCAAAUGUGUUUAUCCAGGAGACUGCAUACCUCUGAUUCCCACAGAACCAGAAUUAAUGACAACAGGUAAGCCAUUUCUACUCAUGUUUAUAGUUCCAGAAAUGAUUACUCCAUCAGACUUCACUGUGUUUGACAUGCUAACACCCACAACAGGCUUGGAAUGUGAGCCUCAACAAUUUGAUCCUGUUUAUAAUUGUAGCCAAUAUAUAUGCCUGGAUAUGGAAUGGACACUCUAUAACUGGUCCCUUCAUUGCCCGAAGGACUUGGAAAUGCCUGACUGUGGUUUCCGGGGGAGACCUGUUCAAGUGAACACUGAUAUCUGCUGCCCCGAGUGGGAAUGUCCUUGUCGCUGUUCCAUGCUGUCAGAACUGAGCAUUAUCACGUUUGAUGGAAACAAUGCAGCAUUAUAUAGUAUGGCUACCUAUAUCUUAGUAAGAAUUCCUGGGGAAAUCAUAGUUGCUCAUAUUGAAAAAUGUUCCAUCAAUCAGAAUGGAAACUCAUUGAAAAAGCCAGCUUCCUCUGGAAGAAUCUCUGGACUUUGUUUUAAGAAGUUAAAUUUGACAACAUCUCUACAUAAAAUGCUUGUCAAUCGGGCAGCAAGAAAGGUGGAAGUGGAUUCUAUUGUUGUGCCUUUGCCCUUUUCAAAUCAAGAGCUGUCCAUAGAGGAUUCUGGUACCAUGUACGUGAUCACCACUCCUGCUGGGCUAAUCAUAAAGUGGGCACAUCUCACAGGGAUCAUAGACAUCCACUUUAGUUUUCGAUUUAACUUGUCAUCGUACACAGAAGGACUUUGUGGAAUUUGCAAUGAAGAUCCAGAGGAUGAUCUAAGGAUGCAAAAUGGCACAGUUAUUACAAAUAUGGAGGACAUACAAUUAUUUAUUGAGAGCUGGGAAAUUGAGAAAGCAUUUGAAGUAACAACGAGAAAACCUGUUAGGAAUUGUACUGAGCACGACUGCAGCCACUGCACUGAAUUAUUAAACAGAAGCGUCUUCACUCCAUGCCAUGAUAAAGUUUCACCGCAGGACUUUUGUGAAAAGAUGUGGAUCAAUUAUACCUAUUUUUGGAAUUAUGAAUGUGACGCACUUUCUGCUUAUGUGGCUCUGUGCAGCAAGUUUGACAUCUGUAUUCAGUGGAGAACGCCUGAUUAUUGCUCUCUGCGUUGCCCAGAGGGGAAGGAAUAUCAACCCUGUGUGAGAACGUGUGAAGCAAGAACAUGUCUGAACAGAUGGUUCUACGGACAUUCUUCGUGCGUGACUUUAAGAGAAGACUGUGUGUGCAAAACUGGAACCAUUCUCCACCGGCCAGAGUCAACUCAGUGCAUCCCAGAGGAAGAAUGUGCAUGUACUGAUAGUGAAGACCAGCCCCGCACUGCUGGGGAGAUUUGGAAUGGCGGCAUUGAUGAAUGUGCCCUAUAUAAAUGUUUGGAGAAUGGAAGCAUUGUUCCUAUUGAACCUGUUUGUGAUGAAGAGCUCUCGACCAUUUGUGAACGAGAAGCUGAAGUUGUCCUAGCCAUCACUGAUAAGUUGACCUGCUGUUCAAAGGAAGUUUGUGGAUGUGAUAUGACUUUGUGUGAAGCUACUAUUCCAACAUGUGCUUAUAGUCAAAAAUUGAUCAUUGGCUACAGCCCUCUUUCUUGCUGCCCACAGUACCAAUGUGAAUGUGACCCAUUCAGAUGCCCCAAUAUUUCAGCACCAGAAUGCAGAGAAGACCAAUUCAUGAUUCAGAGUCAACAGGAAGAGCCUUGCUGUUUUUCUCCUCUCUGUAUUUGUGAAUCUUGCACUGAACCUAUUCCAGCAUGUACUGAUGGGGAAUUUCUCACUGUGGAUCUUAAUACCACAGACUCCUGUUGUCCUCAGUAUUACUGUGUUUGUGAGCCAAAACUUUGUCCUAUGCCACUACUCAACUGUGCAGAAGAUAUGAAACUUGUGAAAGAAAAUAUAUCUGGUCAGUGUUGUCCAAUAUGGCAUUGUGAAUGUAGCUGUGAAAACCUUGUUAUGCCAACUUGUGAAGUGGGAGAAUUUACUACAAUAGACCCUAAGUUUCAGAGUGACUGUGGAUGUGUAUGGUAUCUCUGUGAAAAAGAUGAUGUGUGUGUAUUUCAAGAAGUAUCAGUAUUGAAUCCUGGCCAAUCUAUGAUAAAGGAUUUGGAAGGGAACUUUUGUAACACAGUAGAGUGUCUGGAAGACAAAGAUAACUAUACAGGUUUUCACACUCUGAAUUUUGCAGUGGUGAAUUGUUCAAAAGAAUGUGAUGUUCACCAGGUAUAUAUUCCAUCUUCAAGUGAUUUUGACUGUUGUGGUACCUGCAAAAACAUAUCCUGCAAAUUUCAAAUGGAAAAUGGAACAUCAGUUAUACAUGAGGAGGGGAGUACCUGGCACUAUAACUGUACCACAUAUGAAUGUGUUAAGACUGAUGAGGGGACAAUGAUUCUGAACUACAGUAUGGUCUGUCCCCCUUUCAAUGAGACUGAAUGCAAAAUGAAUGAAGGGAUUGUAAAGCUUUAUAAUGAAGGCUGUUGCAAGAUCUGUAAAAGAGAAGAAAGAAUAUGCCAAAAAGUCAUCAUUAAAUCAAUCAUAAGGAGACAAGACUGUGUCAGUCAAAGCUCUAUCAAUGUUGCAUCUUGUGAUGGAAAAUGCCCAUCAGCUACAAUAUACAACAUCAAUAUUGAGAGCCAUCUGAGAUUCUGCAAGUGUUGUCGCAAGAAUGGUGUGCGAAACUUGACCGUGCCUCUGUAUUGCUCAGGAAAUGGCACUGAAAUCAUGCACACUCUCCAGGAACCUACAGACUGCACAUGCCAGUGGAAUUAAACUCUCGGAUUCCAAGAACUCUUUACAACAUCAUCAUGUCAAAUGGAGUUAACUUUUUUCACUCUUAAUGAGGCACUGACCAGAUUUAUACUGUUUAAUGUAUUGUUCAGACUACUGGGAUAUGGCUACUUAACACCUGGUACAAAAUAUAGACAAUUUCCAUGGAAAAGUUAAGAUUUAUUGAUUUACUCUAUUUAGAGAAUCAAAUGAUUUUAAGUUGUUCAGUUGAAAAGCUAUUAAGUAUAUAGUUACAAUAUGCCAUAGACCUGGGAUAUUCUCAUCAAUCAGAAGGUUUUCUUACAGAACUCUUUGUUUCAUUCAAUAGAUAUUUUUUGAUUUGUAAAGUCUUUUGAUUUGCAAAGUGUCAUAGCUGUACAAAUUAAGAUGAUCUUUUAAUCUCUACUGUUUAUUCUGGUAAAUACAUCUGUUAAAAUUGGUAUCUGGCUAGUCAUAAGUAUGCUGAGAUACAGACGAUAGAAUUAGAGGAUUUUAGAUUAUUUAAAGCCUAAAUGGGUAUUAGAGAUGUUAUUGCAAAUUCCCCUUAUUUUUUUGGUGUAUCAGAGAAGCUGUGUGACUGCACAGAUUCAUUGGUGUAACAAUACAGUGAAUUCACAUUAACAGUUGGGUUAAGUCUAGACCUUUUACAUUCCAGUCCAGUUCUUUUCUUUUGAACAGUAUAGUAAGGUGUCUAUGACAGAAUCUUUUAUUAAAUAUUUGCUUUGUAUAGAAUGAAUAAUUUUAAAUUAAUGCCUUAAAAAAAGAAAAAACAAUGCCACACAUACAUAUGUAUAUAUGUACAUAUAAUAGUUUUCCUAAAAACAAGGAAUUAAUAAUAAGGGGAAAUGUAACAUCAGUUGUUAAAUAGAGGAGGGAUAUCUUGGGCUUUUAGUUUUUAUGCAUUAAAACUGUUACUAAAUACACUGUUACUAUUUAACAUUCAGUUAGCUAUUUACUUUCUCAAGGUAUCUGAUUUUUGAGAUGUAUUUGCAUCCUGUUGAAGUUUCACACUAUAUUGCUUUUCAUGCUGCUGCUUUGCCAAUGAAGAAUGAAAUAAAAUUAUUUGAAUGUAUCAAUAAUUCUAGAAUGUACUUUUAAAAUACAGUAAAUUAUUGACAUUUGUAGAGAAUAUAUCCUGAGACUCUUGAAAAUCCCCAAAUUCAUCACCAUUUGUAGUAUAUAAUUAUCUGAGUCGCCUACUCUGUAAAAAGGAGAGAACGUCCUACUUGGUAUGAUUGUUGUGGGGAUCAAAUGAAAUUAAACAUCAACAUAGAGCAGUAAUGUUGCACUGAAAAGCAGAUGUGGGAACCUGAUAAACUAGGCUCAGAUUUAUCGAGGUUAUUUGCUUCCAUUUCAAAAUCAUGCUUCCCAGAAAAAUUUCAACUUAUUAGAUAUUUUGGACCUCCAGGGUCAUUUAGGAAUGGAUGAAAGAAUGAAAUGAACAUUGUACCUGCCAAGUCCCAGUGUCUAUUGUAUGUA